GAAGCUGGGGAGGAGGCCCAGGAAGUGACGGCCUUCUGCGCUCCCGGGGACUUCUGGAGUUAGCGAAGUCCGCGAAGUCAGUGACGCUGCUGCUGCGGCCGUCGCGUUCCCCGGCCCUGGGCGAUGGAGAACGGAGCGGUGUACAGCCCCACCACGGAGGAGGAUCCGGGCCCCGUCAGAGGCCCCCGGAGCGGCCUCGCCGCCUACUUCUUCCAGGGCCGGCUCCGUUGGUACCGGCAAGUUCUCAAAGGCUUGCAGCUGUUGCUGUCUCUGCUGGCCUUUAUCUGUGAAGAAAUUGUAUCACAGUGUACUUUGUGCGGAGGACUUUACAUUUUUGAAUUUGUAAGCUGCAGUGCCCUUCUUCUGAGUCUCCUUAUGUUGGUGGUGUAUUGCACUCCCAUUUAUGACAGAAUUGAUGCCAACAAAGUAAAAUUAUUGGAUUUUUACAUUACUUUGGCAACAGGAUGUUUAUUUUUGCUGGCAUCCAUCAUUUUUGUUUCCACGCAUGACAAGACCGCAGCUGAAUAUGCUGCAAUUGUGUUUGGAUUUAUAGCAAGUUUUAUGUUCCUGCUUGACUUUGUUGUUAUGUUCACUGAAAGACGACAGGAGUCCCAGAGGAGAAAACCUGAGAAUACCCCUAGGACAGAACCUCUCACUGAACCACUUAAUGCUUAAGGACCCUGGAAAGCAGUUGUUAUGUAAGGUAGUGAUUUUGUGUUGUGAUGCCUGAGCCCCGGCAGAAGCUCUUGGAGAAUUUGUGUAAUUGUUUAAACCACUUCUUUUGGAGAACAGGAGGAAAGGCAGGAAGGCAGUUUUAUCAAUAUUGUGUCAGUCACCACAAAUUAGAUGGUUUAAAAAAUAAUUUUAAUUAAAAAAAAAUAAUGGUUAAAAUAUAGAUCAAAUGGAGACUUGGGGGUGGGUGGGA